CUUCAUUAUUGAGUCGGUGGAGGCGGAGCAAUUCAUUACAAACGAAAGACGAAAUCUUCUGAAGCGAUAGGAAGAGAAGAGAAAGAGGAGCAAUCAUGGGGAUGAAAUUUUUGAACAAGAAGGGAUGGCAUACGGGGAGUCUCCGUAACAUCGAGAACGUGUGGAAGGCUGAGCAGAAACAAGAGGCCGAGCAGAAAAAACUCGAGGAGCUCCGUCUACAGAUCAUCCAGGAGAAGGAACGUUCUGAGUUUCGCGCUCUCCAGGAACAAGCCGGUCUCAUCCCGAGACAAGAGAGGUUAGAGUUUCUGUAUGAUUCAGGAUUAGCUGUCGGGAAAGGGAGUGCGAGUGGUUCUGGUGUGUCGUUUCAGAAAGAAGAGCAGCCUUUAGCUAAUGCUGCGGAAGCUGGUAAUAAUGCUGGUGAGAAGCCAGAUCCUUCAGCUCCUGGUGCGUUGUUUGAGGAUAAGACUCCCUCUGCUAAUGAUUCUUGGAGGAAGCUUCACUCUGACCCUCUGCUUCUCAUCAGGCAGCGCGAGCAAGAAGCUCUUGCCAGAAUCAAGAACAACCCUGUGAAGAUGGCUCUUAUUCGAAAAUCUGUGGAGGAGAAGGGAAAGGGUAAAGAUGGAGACGCAAAGGAGCGCAAGAAAAAGCGUAAGCAUCGUAAGCAAUCCAGACACCAUUCUGAUUCAGAGGAAGAUUCUGGUGAAGACACUGGAAGAAAAUCACGUCAUCACAGAGCAUCAGGGGAUCAUGACAAACACUACGAUAGGGAAAGUCGUGAUAAGCACUAUGAGAGACGAAGGUCUGACUUAGAGGAUGAGUCCAGAAGAAGAGAGAGUCACGAUAGGCACUAUGAGAGACGGAGGUCAGAGUUGGAUGAUGAAUCAAAGAGAAGAGAAAGUCGUAGAGAAGAUCGACCCAGUGAGAGGUAUAGGAACCACUCUCCUUACAGCAGCCGUUUAGAAAGGGAAAAUCUCAAGAGUUGUGGUGAAGAUGACAGAAAAAGGAAAACAGAGGAUUUAGACAAUGUCAAGCCCCCCUCGAGGGAAGACAAUGGAUUCCAGAAUAGACGCCGGAAGGGUGGCUCUAAACUGUCAGAGGAAGAGAGAGCUGCUAGAUUCAAGCAAAUGCAAAUGGACGCAGAGGUGCACGAGGAGCAGAGAUGGAGAAGAUUGAAGAAAGCUGAUGAAAGCGAUGCAGUGGAAGCUAGCAAGAACAAAAACUCUUUAGGCAAAAGCUUCUUGGACGAGGCUAAUAAAAGUGUGUAUGGAGUUGAGAAAGGUGGAAGCUCGACCAUUGAAGAAAGUGUGCGUCGCAGAAGCUUUUAUUCACAGCGUGGAACUGAGGCUGAAGGCAAUGCUUUUCGCCGCUGAAUGAACAAAUAUCAUAUUCCAGUACAAGUUUUUUAUUUUGGAAAUGUAACAAAUCAAUACUAUUAAAACAACGGUCUUUUCUUUACAUUCCACAAGUGUGCCAUUCAAAAUAUAUUAAAUAUUAAGAAAAUUUAAUUGUCUACA